UCGCAAGGGAAGUCGGGGUGUGUGUCCGUUGCGCUUCUUCUUCCGCUCUCUGUCAUGGCUCCAGCGAAACGCAGACGUGGCACCGCAGUUACCAAGAAGAACGACUCUGAUGUGCCUUCUAAAGCCUCCGAGGCAACGGAACAGAACGGCGUCGAGCCUGCUUCUGACAGCGAUGCACAGGCGAUCACUCUCGCGCGACUCAAAGCCGAGUACGGGCCAAUCAUCAAGGAGCUGGGGGGGCGAUUCAGCUUCAUCCGCGCGUUGCUGAUCGAGUUCUGGCCCGAGAUGCAGCGAGACCCACGCGACGAGACGCAGCUGCCCGUGGAGGGCGACGCGCAGUGGUUCUGGUUCACCGAGAUGCAGUUUAUGGUGAUUUUCCUGUACGAAAUCGCCUUUAUGGAGUUCUCGAUGAGCGUAACCAAACCAGACUCCAUCACACUGGAGCAACAGCAGGAAAAGACGACGCUGGCUCAUCGUCAGGACAUGGAGGAGCGCGUCAACUUUCUAUCGAGGCUCAGGAAGUACGCGGACGACCUGGCCAAGUGCCGCUUGGCAGCUACCAAGCAGACCGGCAAGAGAUUGCCCCGUGUCUUCCGCCUCGCCGACAUGUACAAGCUCUCGACUGGCGAGACGACGCUGCUGCAGCUGCUCGUGGUGAUGCAGGGCUGUCAGAGCAAUGCUGUGCGCUGUCAGAUCUUGGACGAGGACGCGCAGCGGAGAGUUAUGACGUGUCAGAGGCUGUCGGGCCUGUCUGAAGUGGACAUCGCAGAGUUCCGGGACGACGAACGCGAGCACGUGAAGGAAGGCACUUUGCUGGUAGACGAGGAGACGUACUGUACGAGUCUCAGUCUGUCGAAUAUCUGCGUGCGGGUGCUGCUGGGGCGACAGUUGACGAGCAAUCAGGCGCUGAAAGUGAGUCAGACGGCGCUGGAGGAGCUGCUCAAGGGCGAGGGAAUGUCUUUUGGUGAGGUGCUGGACACGAGCAACACGUCGGGGACUGGAGUGUCGAGUGUCACUGGACACAAACGCGAUCGUGGCGAUAAAGUAGACGAGGAACAGGAAGAGGAGCAGGCUGAACAGCACGCGAGCAGCGAGAGUGAGGAGGAGCACGAAGAUCAGGAAGACAUCAGUGCGUCUGCGUUCUCGUUCAUUGGCAAGUACAAGUCGGACAGCAAACGUACGAAGCAUCAAGCGAAGGAGGAUGAAAAAUUGCUGCUCAAGGCGGCUGAAGCUGGCAGUGACAAGCACCAUUUGCUGUCUUCGCUCAUGGACUCGAGCGAACUGAAGCCGUACAGUCCCGAGAACCAGCUGGAGUAUCUAGAGGAUCGAUUCCAGGUUGUGGCGUUUGCGAUCCGUGCGUCGGGCGCGCGGGUGAAGGACCAGAUGAAGGAGGCAGGCACGAAACAGCCCUGGGAAUCGUCGGCGCCGGCGUCUGCUGGUCGACGCGAGCUCAAGGCCAAGCAGCGCGUGUACAGCCGUCGAGCGCAGCACCGGUUGGCUCUGACGCGACAAGCAGGUCGCUCGCUGCCGCGUCUGGAAGAACUGGCAGCCAAAUUCAAGCUGAACCGCUUCGAGCAGAACGUGAUCGUGAUGCUCAUUGGCAAGACCAUCUCUCCGGUCAUUAAGAACCUCAUCGACGGUGUGGACACGUCGCCCGUGCAGCGGAUGGACGAGAGCGUGAUCAUCAACCAGAUCCUGUCCAUCUUCUGUGAGACUUUCCAGGAGCAAGUGGCGCACCGAGUUUUCUUCUACAAGUCGUCGCGUCUACUUAGUCGCGGCCUCGUGAAGCUUCACAGAGGACGAUGGCACUCGACCGCGGGCGAUCUCGUGGACCAGCGCGUGGAGCUGGACCGUCGUGUGCUGGACUGGGUCGUUGGGCUUGAUACCGAGAUGAAUGAGCUGGUGGAAGGCUCGGAUCUGUACACGCCAAAGGUGCAGCUGGACCAGGUUGUGCUGCCUGAAGAGCACAAGAGCACGAUCUUAGAGACGGUGGAGAGCUACGAGAGCUUCCGGAGGUACCGCAAGAAGAGCGGGUUGGAGCAGGCUGGCAUGGCGUAUGGAGCUGGCCUCGUGUUGCUGCUGUGUGGCGCCAGCGGAACGGGCAAGACGAUGACGGUGAACGCUGUGGCUCACCACCUGAAGAAGCGAGUACUGCUAGUGGACUUCCCGUCGCUGCAGGGAAAACGUCAGGAAGGCAUGGAGACUGACGCCGACUUGCGCGGUCUCUUCCGUGAAGCGGACAUGAGCAACGCUGUGCUCUUCUUUGACGAGUGUGAGAACAUCUUCCGACAACGCGACGGCGGAGGCGACCGCCUCUUGAAUGCGCUGCUGACGGAGAUUGAGCGCUACGAAGGCAUCGUGUUCCUUGCGACCAACCGGCCGUUCGACCUGGACGAGGCCAUGCAUCGACGCAUCACUGCCGUGUUCGAGUUCAAGGCGCCCGACCACAUCCAGCGACGCAAGAUCUGGGACGUGUUACUGCUGCGUGGCACUCUGAAGACCGAGGAAGGGAUCGACUGGGACGCCAUCGCUCUGAAGUACGAGCUCAGUGGCGGCUUCAUCAAGAACGCCAUCUUGUCGUCGCUUCUGAAGGCCAUUUCACGGAACGGCGAGGCGCCCGUAAUCUCCCAAGCGGACAUCGUCGCGGGCUGCGCGCUGCAGAUGCGUGGCAGUCUACACAUGAAGACAUUCGAUCACCGAGUUGUGCCCACGAGCGGGCUGGACGAGCUGAUCGUUGAGGACGCGGUCAAGGGCAAACUGCGCCGAGUCGUGCAGUUUGAGAAGGCGCGCAGUGUCAUCUACGGCCAGUGGGGCUUUGACUUUGGGCAGUCCAACAAGCAGCAGAAAGGGGUGAGCGUGCUGAUCUGCGGCCCUGCAGGGAUCGGCAAGCUGAAUGCAGCCAAGGCGAUCGGCUUCGAGAUCGGUCGCCCCCUCAAGGUCGUCAACUUCGGCCAGCUGGCAGCAGACUCGGCUGCGGAGACGCGCAAGGCGCUUCGUGCUGUGUUCGACGACGCUCGGCUGAUGGACGCAGUGCUGGUGCUCACGGGCUUCGAGUCGUUCGGCAGUCACAUUGAAGGAGGCGUCAUCCCCCUCGACAGUCUCGAGUCCUCGCCUCGCUUCCGCAUGGAGGUGAUGCGCCUGCUGGAGCUCAUGGAUACAUUCCCGAGCACCACCAUCUUGCUGGCGAAUGUGGACCGAACGGCCGCGGCGUCUCUGGUGCAGUCCGAGUUCUGUCGUCGGCUCAAGUUUGUGGUCGAGAUGAGGAAUCCGAACGCCAAGCUGCGGGAGAAGCUGUGGCGCGCGUGUUUCCCGCCCAACGCGCCGCUGGACACCAAGACGCCGAUCGAUUUCCAGCGUCUGGCGGAGCGCUAUGAUCUGAGCAACACGUCGAUUAGUGACGCCGUGUUCCGAGCUGCUGCCAGUGCCGCUCUGCGUCAAGAGAGCAAGCGCAUUAUCACAAUGAAGGACUUGACGGAUGCAGCUGAGAUCGAGCGGCAAAAAGCUCGAGGGGGCGCUGCUGCUAUGGAGAAUCUCUUCGUCUAA